AUUUUAUCCUUGUUUAAUAGUCGCGGCGGAGCAAAUUGGCACGAUGUGACAAUCCAAUAAUUUGUAAUCUGAUUUUGGGAAGGAGCGCGACACACAUACUCUCUUUCUCGGCGCGAAAUAAAAAUGCGGUGGAAUAUAUAAAAGCUGCGCGGCGUGGCUAAUGUUUUUAACAUUUAUUUUUCGAUAAAAUCUAAUAUGCAUAUUGUAUGUAUGUACAUACAUACGCUUGGAAAUUAUACUUUUCAAAUAGACUUUUUCAAUUUGGGACGAAUAGGUUAUAUUUCGCUUAUAUAUAGCAUGUUAUACUUUCUGUUUUUCGCGGAAUGACGAACGACGGUCGAGUUGUUUGAAUCGUUGACGGCUUCGGUCGCUCCGAUGUUCCGAUUUUGGAGCCGGAGUAAGGUUUCAGAACGCAGCAGCUGAUGCAUAAAGAUGGCCGGUUACGAUCACGAUACAAGUGGUUAGGCCGCAGCGUUUCAGCAGCGUUUGCUGCAUUACGCUGAUUAUCCAACACGCAGUACCAUAAAAGAAAAGUGAGAACGUCAGGAACGUUACCAUAAUUUGCAUCAUUUUCAACGAAUUACAGAGAAAUUCGCCAGCACCGACGACGCGACGCGACGCGACGCGACGCGACGCGACGUCUCGACCGAAAUGCCGAAAUGUUCGUUUCGCCAGAGGACUCAUUGUCAGAGGAGCAUCGAAAAAGCGCGAUGAGCAUGAUGGAAACACAAUGUGACAGGACGCGGCGAUUACUUUUUCUACAAUGAUACUGGCCUCGCCGCGAGACAAACACUGCAGAUAUUAGAGCAGAUCUAGACAUCUGCCCAGAUAGACGUCUGCAGAUAUGUACUAUUGCGCGUAGUGUCGAGAAUUUCUCGAGAGUGGAUACCAAGACACAUACACUUUUCCAAACGCUUACUCAUUCAAUUGGUAUAUAUAUAUAUAAUGGCUUACGAUCCACGUAAUGUGAAAUAUUUACCAAAUACUCUGCAGCGAUCUAACGUGACUGGAUAUGGUUAUUCUACUCAUCCAUCGCAACAUUUCCAACAAACCGACGAAAAUCGGAAUGAAAACAAUUUGCGCAGCAGCAAAGAGCUUUGUCCACAAAUCUCGCAGCAGUCAUCCAGCACGCAGACCGUGCAGAAAGUGGACGCUGCAACUAUGACGGAUCCUCUGCAAAUUGAUUUCAGGCUUACCUCUGAAUAUUUGGCGCGGUGCUCGAGUACAUUAGGUUUACCAUACGCAGCCAAAUAUGAGGACUGUGGUACAAAUUCUACCAUCACGUGUCAAGAAGCAAGACCGAAAAUCGAAUUUGAAAUUGAACCGCAACAUAUUAAUGGUAUGUUGGUUUACCAUUGCCCCGAGUGUGCAUAUAGAUUUGAUGAUCGGGAGGCGCUUCACGAACAUCUAGAAGAUCAUAAACAGAGACCACAUGUCUGUGAUAUUUGCGGGGCAAGCUUGAAACGAAAGGAACACUUGGAUCGCCAUAAGCAAGGUCAUAACAAAGAUAGACCAUAUCAAUGUAACAUGUGUUGUAAAGCGUUCAAACGUAACGAGCACUUGGCGCGUCAUAUGAUUAUUCACUCGGGUAGCAAAAAUCAAAUUUGUACCGAGUGUGGCAAAGCUUUCUAUAGAAAAGAUCACUUGAAGAAACAUUUGCAAAGUCAUAAUAGCAGUCGAGGCAAACAUUUGAGUAUUUCGCAAAACAAUCCCAACGAGCCCAAUCAGCAGCCGAGUACCGACCAAGGGCUGAGUAGUUUUGCUAUAAUGAUGAGGCAAUCUGGAGGACCUCCCCCACUUUCAAUUUUACGAACAUAGUUAUUGCGCAAUAAUUUACAAUCAUCUAACGUGCGCUCUGUCUCUUAUCUCCGUCUGUAAAGCAGGAAGUCAUUUUACUUUACUUUUCUCAUUUACAUGUUUUUAUUCCAUAAGUUUUAAUACCAGAGAAUCAACCUUAUUCAACAUACUCGCAAUUUUUUACGAUAAUUUGUUACUAAUAUAUAUAUAUAAGAAUACACCCAUGUUCCUAAGGGAGUCAUCUUAUUGCUAUGUAUUAUUUGUUAACAGAUAGAUAAGAUUACGAUAAUGUUAUCGAUUUUGUAAUAUCCUUUAUAAUACACUGCGUGUAGAAAGUUGCCUGUAUAGUGAGAAUGUACCUGUUGGGACUUUUUAAACUUGAACAAGUCGACAUUAAAAUUCAAAGUGAUCGUAUCACUGUAUAUUUUACAUUAUUGCAUUAUUUCGUUUUUUUUACUCUUGUGGAAGAAAUCUUGAUCUUGGAAAAAUUGAAUAAUUGAUAAAUUUCGCUUCCCGAAUGAAUACUACACGAUACCAACAUCGACUCGUUAUAUAUUAUCGCUUAGAUUAAAACUGUUCUAAACAGAAUCGAGUUUGAGAUUUACAAUUAGUCUUUAUUGCUGUUUCUUACUCGAAGCGAUAUUCUUCGUUUCUUCAAGAGAUAAAUUUAUAAACUAGGCUGUAUAAAAUAUUACAAGACAAUAGAGAAAUAAAUCACAGAAAAUUCAUGAAA